AUGCCCUCAGAGCCGACAGAGAGACAAAGACCCUUCGUCUUUUCUGCCUCUGGGCUUCCUUUUUCGGUUUCGGCUUCGGCUUCGCCUUCCUAUCCUUUACUUAUUGCCGACAUGUUUGCUAUACAUUUGGAACUAUAUCUUGGUUAUGUGCCAAUGCAAACACGCUUUCGCACAGACUUCGCCCACCAACUUCCAUCCACCACAUCCACUCCCCAGGCUAUCCCAACAUUGGCAUCCUCCGGCCACUUUCCUAUUGAAGAAACACUACAGGAGGCCUUAACUCGCGUGUCCGCAGAGGCAAUGCCCUCAAUCCUUUUAGACCUUGUGGUCAUACUGCCUUGUAUGCUACUUUCCCGUAUAGGCGCACGAAGCUGGUGUCAGUAUGUGAAUGUAUGCUGGGCUUAUGCCGCCAGUCUUGAUGAUGAAUGA